AAUUUAAUCCGAGGUUAAGUUAAAUUUUAAUUUCGUCAUCAGAUAACAAAAAAUUGUUCCUCAAAAGUGAUUGUCACUACUUUUUGGGCAAACGCAGGAAUCUUUAACGGAAGAUUUCCACACCCGUUCGAGGUGGGAAAAGUUUAGCUUUUCUCAACCAAAAUAGAAAAAGAAUAUUUGUGUAUUAUUUUCCGAUUUUUAGUCAAACGAGCAUGGAAAAGCUAAAAGUAAUAUUUCCAGUCAUUGGCCAUGAGCAAGGAUCUAGAAAGUACUUUUCAGAUGUAGUUGUCAUUAAGACUAGUGGUAGUAGUAGUGUUUUUGCCCCAUUCGGUGGCAAAUUUAAUUAUAAGUAGAUUAAUUUUUUUGUCCCGUUGCAAAAUUAUGUAAAAAUGGCGCACAUGACGAAGAAAAGGCAUGUAUUAAAAAUUAAAGGGAACAAUAAAACCAACGCCAAAGAGAGCAACAAGCCCGACAAAUCGUCAGUAUGGCGCGUAAUAGCCCCGUUCGUGACCGUCCCACUGAAGAAGCCCCAGAAGGAGGUGGAAGACGAACAGUUCAGUUUCUACUUGAAGAAAAAGCCGGCUGUUCUUCUGCGCGACUUGUCAACGUUUAUGUCAGAUAGUGUCGACUUGCCGUCACUCUUUCACGAAACUGCCGAUGUUCUACAAAAGGUUACUAAAGCUUCGUGGGUUACUCUGUACCUGGUCGACCGCGCCACGAACGAGAUCUACGUCAGCCACCCAAACACCACGCGGGAGAGACACAAAGUCAAAUGGAAAAUAGAGGAGCAGUCGACCGUUGCCACCUACGUGGCCAAGAAAAUGGAAUACGUUGUGGUGGAGGACGUGCUCCUUGAUAUCCGAUUUCCGGAAGGAAUCGGUUAUGACGCUAGCACCAUCCCGAGGUCCGUCAUGUGCAUCCCCAUUGUGACCCCGGACGGCGACUGCUUCGCUGUGAUCGAGUUCGUGAAGGAGUACCACUUGAAGUGCUUCGUCCAGGACGAUCUCAAGAUCUGCGUCAUGGUCACGGCCUGGAUGGGGGUGGCCAUCCACCAGAACCAGGAGCGUCUGGCUUUGAAGCGGCAGCAGGAACUCAACGAUUACCUCCUGGACCUGGUCAAGUGCUACUUCGAGGACCACGUCCUCAUGGAGAAACUCAUGAGCGAGGUGGUGAAGUUCGCGAAGAUCACCCUCGGCGCCGAACGAGGCUCUUUCUUCAUCAUCGACAAAGAUAGUGACGAAAUGAUCGCGCAUUUGUUCGACGAAGGCGGACAGACUGAAGGGCCAGGACGGAAAGUCCGGUUCUCCAAAGAACGGGGGAUUGCCGGCCUAGUGGCCCGGACUGGGCAAACAGUCAACAUCAAAGACGCUUACAACGACAGCAGGUUCAACAAGGAGAUUGACCAACGGACGGGGUUCAUCACCAGGUCGAUACUCUGCAUGCCCAUUUUGGGCAAGAACGGGGUCUUGGGAGUCGUCCAAGUCGUCAACAAGAAAAACGGAGGGUGUUUCUCAAGCAACGACGAGAACCUUUUCAAAACUUUCUCCCUGUAUUGCUCCAUGGCGGUGCACUACACCAACAUCCAUUCCGAAAUCAAGAAACAGACCUACCUGAACAAAAUCAACCUGAAAGUGAUCAAGUUGCAGCAAGUGCCCUGCCUGCACGACUUGACCAACUUCACCGACAGGUCCUACGUGAACAUACCAGUGGAGUUCGACAGCUUCACCUGGAGUAUCAACAAUUCGGACGAACUCGUGUACCUACCGCAGUACAUAUUGUACAUAAUGACCCAAUUGAUCAGCGUUUCCGAAAUUAAUCUCAACGUAAUGAAGAAAUUUAUUUUGACAGUUCGCAAAUUCUACCGAGACUUGCCUUACCACAACUUCGAACAUGCCUUCACCGUGUGCCAUUGCAUGUACCUCGUGCUAAAGCGCAAUUUGGACCAGUUUAGCAAAUUGGAAGUCAAAGCCCUGCUCAUCGCCGCCCUCUGCCACGACAUAGACCACCCCGGGUUCACCAACAAUUUCCUCCAAAUCAUCAAAGACGACAUCGCCAUACUUUACGAAGCCCCAGCCUUGGAGAACCACCACUGGGAGGUGACCAAGAUGAUCCUGAACGACCACGACAUCUUCCCCAAGAUGAGCGGGCAGGAGCGGGAGUUGUUCCACAGCGAGAUACAGAAGGCUAUUCUAGCCACAGACCUGUCCACUUUUUUCCAGACUAGAGUCACCCUCGCCAAGUUGUACAACGCGAAAACUUUCGAUCGAUAUAAUCCGAGUCAUAGGGUGAAGAUGAAGGCGAUUAUCAUCAAUGCUUGUGAUUUUUCGGGGUUGUCGAAGCCGUUUCUGGCCGCGAAAAGGAUAGUGGAUCAGCUUUAUCGCGAGUUCUACAAACAAGGUGAUUUGGAAAAGGAGCUGGGGCAAUGUCCGUUGUCGGUUAUGGACAGAGGGAAGGAGAAUUGCAUUCCGGAGGAUCAGAUACGGUUUUUGAAGGUUGUAGUUAUACCGUGCGUCGAAAUUAUUCGGGUGAUUCUGCCAAAUUGCCGCGAGUUGUACAAUGGAACUUUGAGAUUACGCCAAACCUGGGAGGAUAUUAUCAAAAAUACCGGGCGCAAAAUUUGGCGACAAGACGAUUCCAUUGUUAAUCCUACUUAUAUUUAAUAAAAUAAUAUUAAAAACUA